AUGCCGAGUUUAUUUUCAAGUUUAAAAUUUUUUUGUUUUUCACCGACCAAAGAUACAUCAGAUAAAAAGAUUAAAGAUGAAAUUUUAAAAAAGAUUGAAGUAAAUGGUGGUACUGUUCAAUAUUGUAUUCAAAAAUUUUCAACAAAUUAUAUAAUACUUUGUAAUGGUUUGGAUGAAUAUGAUAGAGAUCAACAUUAUUAUAAUUUUCAAUCAAAUUCAUUAUUAUUUUUGGAAAAAUCAAAAAGUUUAGGUAUACCAAUAUUGUCAUAUAAAUUUAUUAAUGAUUGUAUUGGUAAAAAUUUAAUAAUUAAUGAUUUACAAGGUUAUAAAAUUUCAAAUAUUAUUGACGAAACAAUUAUUAAAUUUGAAUAUCAAGAACCUGAAGAAGAAAUAAAAGAAAUUCAAGAAAUUCAAGAAAUUCAAGAAAUUCAAGAAAUUCAAGAAAUUCAAGAAGCUUAUGAUGAUUUUUUUGAUUUAUUUGGUCUUGAUAGUGCACCAAUAGCAGAUGGUGAUGUUUUUAAAAACAUGCCACCAAUAAGCCAAGUUUUAGCUGAAAAAGCUAAAGAAGAAAAAGAAAAUCAAGAAAAACAAGAAAAAGAAAGACAAGAAAAAGAAAAAAAAGAAAAAGAAAAAUCUAAAUUUAAAAGUACAUAUAUUUCAGAUAGAAAAUUAGCAAUGAAUCAAAAAACAUCACCAACAACAACAUCUUAUUUUGAUAAUGAAAUUGAUGAUAAAGAAAACAUUAAUAAUAAUGAUGAUGAUUUUGAUAUUGAUGAAAUUGAUUUUAAUUUAUUUUCGAAUAUUGAUUUAGAAAUUAACGAAAAACCAAUUGAAGAAGAUUUUAAUUUAUUUAAUAUUGGCCAUUAUGAUGAUAAUGUGAAUCGAAAUAUAAAAACUAAAUCAAAAUUUGAUAAUUUAAAUAAUAAAAUUAAAAAUAAUGGUUAUAUAUUUCAAUUUGUAAAUAAAGAUGUAUCAUUAUAUCAUGAAAAAGAUUUUCCAAAUAAUUUUAAAUCAAUUAAAUUAUUUGAACAAUCAUCAAAAGGUUUAUCAUGUAUGAUAACUGAAGAUAAUAGAUGCUAUAUUUGGGGUAAUAUUAAAUCAAAUCAAAAAGUUGAGCAAUUGGCAGACCAUUAUCAAGUUGAUUAUUGUUCAGUUGGUGGUUCACAUUCAGUUAUGAUUAAAAGAGGUAUUCAUACUGUUGGUUUAAAUAAAUUUGGUCAAUUAGGUUAUAAAAAUGGAAAUACUAAUUGUAUUGGUGGUGGUGGUAAUAAUAAAUUAAUGAUUGAAAAUCAAAUUCAAAGAUCAAUUUCAAUUAUAAAUCAAAAUUUUUUGAAAAAAGUUUUAAUGGUAUCAUGUGGUAAAGAUUUUAAUGUAUUAUUAACAAACGAAGGUCAAGUUUUUAGUUGGGGUAAAAAUGAUCAAGGUCAAUUAGGUUUAGGUAAUAGUGAUAGUAAGGAGAAUUAUGAAAUUAAAUUAGUUAAUUUCGAUGAUCCAUAUGAUAGUAAUUCAAAUAAAUUUAUAUCAUUUAUUAGUUGUGGUGGAAAUCAUUCAAUUGCAAUUGAAUCAAAUAGUAGCACAGAUGGUAAUUGUAGAUUAUAUGGUUGGGGUAGUAAUAGUCAAGGUCAAAUCGGGGAAAAGUAUUCAUCAGUACCAAUAUUAAUAAAAAAUCAAGAUCAAAAAUCAUUUAAUUGGAAAUCACCAUUGGUUUUAUGUACACAAGAUACAACAAUCGUUGUUGAAACCCCAUUGAAAUGUACAACAUUUGGUGUUAAAUUUAAUUCAUUUUUAAUGAAUUUAAAAGAAAACUUUCAAGAUUUAACUCAAUUUGAUAUUGUAGUUUUAAAGAAAAGGAUUGGGGUUUUAGUUUAUGAUGAAUAUUUAAAAGCUAGCUUUUUAUUGAGAUCAUUGAAUUACAAUGAAAAUUAUCAUUACCAAUUAAUUAAAUUAAUAAUUGAAUCAAAUAAAUUUCAACAUUCUCAUGCAGUUAAACUUGCAAAAGAUUGUUGUGAAUAUGGUAAUUUAAAAGUUUUUAAAUUGUUGGAACAUAAAUUCCCAUUGAAUUUAAUUGACCCAGUUACAUUGGAAUCUCCAAUUCACUAUUCAACAUUAUUCAAUAACAAUCAUUUGAAAUCUAAAAUCAUUUUAGAAUAUUGUUUAAUUAAUAAAAUCUAUUCAAUCGAUCAAUUAAACAAACAAAAAGAAACACCAUUACAUUAUUGUUCAAGAUUUGGUAAUUAUGAAAUCGCUACAAUACUUUUAGUACGUGGUUGUAAUAGAAAUUUAAAGGAUGUACAAGGUCAAACUCCAUUACACAUUUCAGUAUCACAAACUAAUCAUCAAUUGUCAUCAUUACUUUGUAAACAUGGUGCUCAAAGUAUACCUGAUAAAACUAUGAAAAAUCCAUUACAAUAUUGUUCUGCUGAUAUUAAAUCAAAUCUUCAAAAUAUUUUAUUCACAAAUGAGGUUUUCAUAUCUUAUGCUCAUAAAGAUUCAGAAUUUGUAAAUAAUUUACGUUCAAACUUUGGUUUAUUUUCAUUACGUUGUUGGUUGGAUGAAUAUCGUCUACAAGCUGGUUGUAAUUGGAGAGCUGAAAUCACUAGAGGUGUUGUCAAUUCAGAUGUUGUGGUUUUUGUUAUUUCUGAAACUUCAAUUAACUCACUUUGGUGUAGAAAAGAAUUGAAAAUGUCAAAGAAAUUAGGUAAAGUUAUAAUACCAAUCUUUUUACAAUCAGUUCAAAUCGAUCCAAUUCUAUAUGGUUUAUUUACAUUUAUACCAAAAACCACUAAAAAAACAUUUAAAGAAAUGUCUGAAAAAGAGGUAAUUUCAAAUGUUUCAUCAAUUUCAAAUUUAAUUCAUUCAAUUUUAAAUGGUACACAAGAUUCAAAACUUUUAACUAUUCAACAACAACAACAACAAAACUUUGAAAAAUCAGUUCAAUCAUUAUCACGUAAAGAAUUUUUUGAUAAAUGUUAUUUAAAUGAUAAAAACAGUGGUUGUUAUUUAUUAUUUAAUAAUGCAGAUAGAAUUUUAUUUGAUUUCAUUUGUGAUAAAUUUAAAGAAAAUUCAAUUCCAACAAUUAGUUCAGAUGAAAUCAUUGGUAGACCUUCGGAUCAAGAUGAUCAAUUUAGUUUAUUCAAUUUAAUGAAACAAAAAAAACAAAAUUCAAUUCAAAGAAAAAAAAAUAUUGAACUUGAAAAGAAAUUAAAAUUAGAAAAUGAUGAAAAAUUAAAACAACAAUGGAAAAUUAAAAGAAAAAUUGAAAAAAAGUUAGAAAAAUCAAAAUUAAUUCCAUCUGAUCCAAAUUAUCAAUAUCUUGAAAAUUAUUUAAUUCAAUUAUAUAAUUUUAAAAAUGAUAAUGAAAAUGAAAUUAAUGAAAAUGAAAAUAAUAAUAAUAAUCAAAAUAAUCAAAAUAAUCAAAAUAAUAUUAUUCAAAAUAAUUAUAAUUAUAAUAAUAAUAAUAAUUAUUAUGAUGACAAUGAUAUUCCAAUUUUAAAUAAUAAUUUUAAUUCAAGUGAAUUAAAUAAUAAUUAUUUUUCAUCAUCAACUACAAUUCAAAUUGAAGAUAGUUAUAAUAAUAAUAAUAAUCAAGCAAUUUAUUAUGAUGAUGGUAAAACAAGUGAAGAAGAAUUUUAUAAACAAUUAUUGAUUGAAAAAGAAAAUGAAAAAUAUCACUCAAUUCAACCAUUAAAAGAAUUUAUUAAAAAUUCAUUAUUAAUGUGUAUUUUAUUUACAAGGAAAACAACAAAAACAGAAAUUGAAAAGUAUUGUUUACAAAUUGAAUAUGCAAAAUCAUUUAAAGAUGAAAAAGGCAAUCAAGAUAAAACUAUAAUAGUUAUUACUCCUGAUCUUUCUUUAAAAGAUAAUCAAAAUACUCCAUCAAUAAUUAAAGAUUUAGUUUGGUAUGAAAUUGAUUCUAAAAAUAUUGAUUUAAUAUUUGAAAAUAUAACUUUAAUGUAUGAAGUUUUAGAAAAAACUUUACAAAUUUCAAAUUUAGUAAAUAAUAAUAAAUAA